AUGCCUGCCUUAGAAGCUCCUGAAGAGAGGCUGAAAAAAUUUAAGUACCGCGGCAAAGAUGUGUCUGCGAGGCGACAAGAGAGGAUUGCUACCAACCUGCAACUCCGAAAGGCCAAGAAAGAUGAGCAGGCCUUAAAGAGAAGAAAUAUCAGCCAGUCCUCCAAUGACUUGGUUUCUCUAGUAUCAGCCAAAGAGGCCAGCUACACGCUGGAAGACAUAAUCAAAGGCGUGAAUAGCUCGGAUCCAGUCCUGUGUUUCUUGGCCACCCAGGCUGCCAGGAAAUUACUAUCUCAGGAGAGGAACCCUCCUCUAAAAUCGAUUAUUGAGGCAGGGCUCAUUCCCAAGCUGGUAGAGUUCCUGAAGAUGUCACCUCUCCCCAACUUGCAGUUCGAGGCGGCGUGGGCGCUCACCAACAUUGCCUCAGGAACCUCCGAGCAGACCCGAGCUGUUGUGAUGGCGGGUGCCAUCGAGCCCCUGAUUGAACUCUUGUCUUCCCCGCACCUGACGGUGUGUGAGCAGGCAGUGUGGGCCCUUGGUAACAUAGCCGGUGAUGGCCCAGAAUUCAGAGACGAUAUAAUUUCCAACAAUGCCGUCCCGAGACUGAUCAAUCUUACUUCGACAAACAUACCAAUCUCGUUUCUUCGGAACAUCACAUGGACUUUGUCUAAUCUGUGCCGAAACAAGGACCCGUACCCCUGUGAGCAGGCUGUGAUGCAGAUGCUGCCCACUCUCUCUCAGCUCCUGCAGCAUCAUGAUAACGAGAUCCUCUCAGACACCUGCUGGGCCCUGUCCUACCUCACCGAGGGCCACAAUGAGCGCAUCCAUCGUGUGGUGACCAUGGGGGUCCUGCCCAGGCUCGUAGAGCUCAUGACCAGCUCGGAACUCAUUAUCUUGACCCCUUCUCUCCGCACUGUGGGCAACAUUGUCACGGGGACAGAAGAGCAGACCCAGAUGGCCAUUGACGCUGGCAUGCUGAAGGUACUGGGCCAGCUUCUGAGACAUCCCAAGUCCUCUAUCCAGAAGGAAGCUGCCUGGGCCAUGAGCAACGUGGCCGCUGGACCAAAACACCACAUCCAGCAGCUGAUCGUGUAUAACCUGCUGCCUCCGUUGGUAACUCUACUAAAGAACGCAGAAUUCAGAGUGCAGAAAGAAGCCGUGUGGACCGUGGCUAACUUCGCAACAGGGGCCUCCCAGAGCCAGUUGACCAUGCUUUUCCACUCAGGAGUCUUGGGGCCGCUGCUGAACCUGCUCACCGCUCCAGACAUGAAGAUCGUCGCCAUCAUCCUGGACAUUAUUUCUUUCUUUUUCCAGAGGGCUGAUAGGCUGCAUGAGAAGGAAAAGAUGUAUCUCCUGAUGGAAGAGGUUGGUGGCAUUGAAAAAAUUGAGUCCUUACAGCUCCACCAGAAUUGCCACAUUAGCCAGAGUGCUCUGAACAUCAUUGAGAAACACUUUGGUGAGGAGGAAAAUGGUGACAUUUUUCCCAAUCCUGGACUGAGAGUGUGAAUACGUGAAGCAUUUAAAAGAGAGAGAGAGAUCUCUCACAGCUUCGCCAUGACUGAGCAACGCAGGGCUGACGUCGUCUUUGAGAAGCACCAUGUAAACUUCGUUCAUCACAUGUAAAGCUUUUAAAACUUAAUAAAAUGUUCAACACUUUUCACUUA